CAGUGCGGAAGCGGAAGAAGCGGCAGGGCCUGGAAGCCUCUCCUUGGUCCAGCCGGGUCCCGGGCCGGGGCCGCCGCCGCGAUGCCGAGCCCCCGGAGGAGCGUCGAGGGUCGGUCGCUGGGCGCCUCCGCCUCCAGCAGCAGCAGCAGCAGCCCCAGCAGUCCGGCCCACGGCGGCGCCGGCGGCAGGUUCGAGUUCCAGUCCCUGCUCAGCAGCCGCGCUCCGGUCGUGGACCCCACCUGCGCCAGGCUCCGCGCGUCCGAGAGCCCCGUGCACCGCCGCGGCUCCUUCCCUCUGGCUGCAGCGGGACCCUCGCAAGCACCUCCGACCUCGCUGCCCGAGGAGGACCGCAUGGACCUGAACCCGUCCUUCCUGGGUAUCGCCCUGCGCUCCCUGCUGGCCAUCGACCUGUGGCUGUCCAAGAAGCUGGGGGUGUGCGCGGGGGAGAGCUCGUCCUGGGGCAGCGUGCGGCCCCUGAUGAAGCUGCUGGAGAUCUCGGGACACGGCAUCCCUUGGCUGCUGGGCACUUUCUAUUGCCUGUCCAGGAGCGAUAGCUGGGCCGGGCGCGAGGUGCUAAUGAACCUGCUCUUCGCCCUACUGUUGGACCUGCUGCUGGUGGCCCUGAUCAAAGGGCUGGUCCGCAGGCGCCGCCCGGCCCACAAUCAGAUGGACAUGUUUGUCACUCUCUCGGUGGACAAGUACUCCUUCCCUUCGGGUCAUGCCACAAGGGCUGCCCUGGUGUCGAGGUUCAUACUGAACCACCUGGUGCUGGCCAUUCCACUGAGGGUACUGGUGGUGCUGUGGGCCUUCGUCUUGGGUCUCUCUAGGGUCAUGCUGGGGCGGCAUAAUGUCACCGAUGUGGCUUUUGGCUUCUUUCUGGGCUACAUGCAGUACAGCAUCGUGGACUAUUGCUGGCUCUCACCCCACAAUGCUCCAAUCCUCUUUGUACUGUGGAAUCAACAAUGACACCAUCUCAUUGAUUUUGGCACCAAGAAGUCUGAAGGUUUCCACAUUUGAUGAUGCCAGCCUAAACCAGCAGCCAUCCUGCUUGCCCCUCUUAGACAUUUCAGGUUUCCUUUGGGAUUUCAGGUGUCCCACCAUACUGAUAUGUUGCUAGGCUGGAGUACAUGCUGGCCAUCACUGAACACAGCCAUACUAGGGAAAGAAAAAAAAAUCCCUCUAUUGUAUAUUUAUUCAGUAACUGUUUAUGUCUCCAGGACAACUGCAAAGAAAGCAAACUGGGAUAGUUUUACUAUUGCUGUUUUUUAAAAGUUGACAUCAGUAAGAUUUAUGUUUGUAGUAAUCCCUAAGUCAACACCCUUAUAAAGCGAACUUUGAGAAAAAUACAUGAUCUUCAUUCUGUAAAUAUACAUGCAGAUAAACCAUGUACUAAUCCUAGUUUUAUUCCUGAGGUAGAUCUGAAACAGUAUUUUAAAAGUUUAAGACGUAGGUUUUUCUAGUUUAUUACUUGAAGAUGUUGCCACAGUUGGGGAGAUUUCUUCUAAAUCUUGAUUUCUUGGUAAGCUUUUUUACUUAUCCCUCUUAUUUUUGUGGAUUGGGAGUAAGAAAAGAGAUUGUAGUACUUGUCUUUUGUCUCCCUCAACCUCUCAAAAGAUCUUUAAAUCGAUAUUUUUUUCCCACCACUUCCUAAUACUGUCUUUCAGCAUUCAGAGAACAAGCCAAGAACUUAAAGAGCAAACACUUAAAAGGUGGCAUAUCAAAGGUGCCCAUAAAAAAAGGAAGAAGGGGACUAUAGCCUCAUGCUUAAUUCUGUUGACAACUAAUAACAUGGCAUGACAAAGGGCAGAGAUGCCAAGUUGCUGGAGAAAGUCAGGGGAGCUAAGAGUCUAGGGGUAGGCCGACUACAUAUUCUGCCGAUAACCAGUAUGGCAGGAGAUGAGGCCCUGCUGCCAGUCAUCUCUACUGAAUACAGAAUAACGUUCCUUACUCUACUGGGGUAAUAAAAUGGGAAAGUAAUGUGCUUCUUUUCAAUGCAAGACCGUAUACUUUCUCAUAUCUACAAGGAUGACCCUGUAUACUACAGUUGUUCAUAUGGAAUUCCGUUUUCUGUAUAUAGCACCCUUUAGAUAACAGUAUUUAACUUGAAAUUCAUCAAGGGAACCUGCUGCUAUACCAGGCACAAAGUAUAACUUCUAAAUUUCUGUUUACAUUUAUCUUUAUUUACAUUUAAAGCUGUACAUCCACGGUGCCCCCCCCGUAUCAUAAGACCAAAGACCACUAAAUGCACAGUGAAUUCUGCUCAUUGUUCUUUGACCCAGAAAGACCGAAGAGGGUACGUGCUUUAAGUGUUGCUUUACAGGGAAAGAAAACCUUUAAAUUACCUAUGGAAGUGGUGUCCUUCGAUAAUCUUGACUGUUUUUGCACUUGUAAAUAAAAUUAUGGACUUUGAUCUGACAUACAAAAGUUCAGAUAGGAACCAAGAGAAUGACUGUAAUAAGUAGGUUCUGAUUGGGUAGAAGCAUGAAUUUGCUGAGAGUGAAACUGAAAAAGGAAGCUACCCUUUCAGAAUCAAAUCAUUUGCAUUCCCACAACACCCUGAACACCAACUACCUCUUCACUUGCUAAAUCAGCUUAACUGUGAAGCUCUAAGUGGUUUGGGUUUGUUGUUUAACCUUAGAGAGAUCCUUUAUUUUAAUUGCAGCAAUGUUCAGGCCAGAUAUUUGAAAGCAAUGAUAUUUCCUCUUGCAGUGUCCACAAAUCUGAAUAUUGGGGGCUUGAAAUUAGGCUUGCCUUCUGGUUCGUAAUUAUAAUUUAGAAUUCCCUGUUUUAGUUACUGGGGCCUGAGUUUGCUGACUUUUAAAACACAGAUCAAUUCAUCUGAUGUUUUUGGAGCAUCAUAAGUACUGUAGAGUAGGAAACUGACUUCUUUGUUAAUUAAUUGUACACUGAGGAAUGCCUUUUAAAAAUCAAAAUAAAAUUAAACAAUAUGUGGAA